CAGAGAGUUGGUGCGGCCGGCCGGUGAGCUGAAGAGUGGAGCCGACAUCGGCGCGCACGAGAGAGCGGUCUCUGGUGCGGAUGCAGCCGAGGGUCAGUCUCCGUACACACGGUGCGCGCGCGAGUGACUGGUCUUCGGCACAAUAUGCCGCUCCACAGCAGAUGGCAGUGCUCUCUGCUUGUGGGGGCAAUUUUCACGGCGAUGGUCCAGAGCCAACGAGCACCCCCAAAAUUGUAUGAUAUUGUGCCUGAUGAUUACACUAUUCAUGAGCCGCCGCCUCUACUUGAUGGCAAAGCAGUGCCAGUGGAAUUUUCAGUCAGCGUAAAAAAUAUCCCAAGUCUCGACGAGUUGAAACAGGAGCUGAGCAUGGAGCUGAACCUAAGGAUCUACUGGGUGGAUAAACGGCUUGAGGUCGGCCCAUACUUUGAGGCUUUCCCCAAUAGCACCUACAUGAACGCCAAUCCGGCUAUAUUGAGCAAAAUCUGGAUGCCAGACGUUUACACAGAUUACACGAAAAGCGUGGUGGCGCCGCGCAUCCUGGCAGCUCCCGCCUCUCUGCGCAUCUACCCCAACACGACAGUGCGCUACUCGGCACGAAUUACGAUGCAGUUUGCGUGCCCCAUGGACUUCAGGAAUUACCCUGCUGACUCACAAAGUUGUGAUAUGAGCCUGGAAAGCUAUGCAUUUACGAGGGAUAAAAUUUACUACAGCUGGAGGCCAGAAGGUGCUUCGAUAAAUAUUGCGCACAGAUUGGCCCAUUUCGAUUUUGCAUUUACUUUCGAGAACGACAAGGAAAAUGUCAAUUUUCCCUCAGGCAGCUACCCUGCAAUUACGAUGACCGUGCGUCUCCACCGGCGCAUCAGCUACCACAUGCUGCAGACUUACAUCCCCAGUCUGAUGUUCGUCAUCGUGUCAUGGCUUUCGUUCCUCGUUCCCCCUGAGAGCGUGCCCGGCAGGAUGGCCAUCUGCAUGACCACCCUUCUCACCCUCACGGCCAUGUUCGCCGCCGUCCGGCAGAGCACGCCCAGCGUCAGCUACGUGAAGGCGCUCGACAUCUGGAUGGUCGCCUGCAUAUUUUUCGUCUUUCUCACUCUGGUCGAAUACACUUUGGUGCUCAGACUGACUAAAAACCUGAAGAAGAGUCAGACGCCACCAACGAGUCCUAGAAAAAGUGAGCCGAACACUAAACCCAGUCCUCUAGAGAUGCAAAUGCAGCCGUCCAAGAACGGAGAGGAGCAGAGCACUGCCUUCCACAAGUUUUCUGGAGAAGCAGCAAACGGUCCUCCUUCGACAGAUUCGCCGAAAAAUUGUCUAAUCGCGUGUGUCGAGGGCUACGGGCCGGACUGUUGGAGGCGCCCCACCAAACGCGGAAUACUCAUUCUCGAGACUGUCAGCUGCAUUUUCAUCCCAGGCUCGUUCAUUUUCUUCAACAUAGUCUACUGGUCAUACCUGGCUAGCAUUGUUGCUGCCAACAUGGCCACAACCGAAAUUUAAAAAGAACUUUUUACUGACAAAUGAGUGACCUGUUUUCAAGCGUGAAAAUUUAAAAUUACCUUCACUACAUGUUAAUAAUGUUUCUUCUUUUGAAAUAUUUGUAACUAUAUAGUGAGAUAUGUCCUGAUCAAGAUACCUGUAUGUAUAAAUGUACUUAAAAAAGCUUUAAUCCACAUUCAACAAUUUUAUGGAAUUUACUACGCUUAUAUUCUUAAUUUUCAUUUUGUGCUCCAGUACUUAAACCAGAUAUAUGCUGCGCGUGUCAAAUUUUGUUUAGCCUCCAGUGAACUCGCUGCGAUUAAAGAAAUACUUAAAUUUUUAAUGUAAUGAUAAGACCCUCAAACUUUUAACAAUUUGAAUAAACCGUAAACUAAUA